UUUUCUACAACAACAAUUCAUCCACCUCGGUAGCGUGCUAGCCAACAUAAAACCACAACGUUGAAGCUCUUUAGGCCAUUUUUGUAUGUAUUAACCUCAGUGUUUUAAACACAUUGUCUGCGUAUUUACUCUAUAUCGUUUACGUUAUUAGCUAUCUGGCUAAGUAUCAUUAGGCUAACGCUAACUAACUUGAUAUCAUCCUCGACCAUGAGCUCACGCUACUUCCCCCGUUCUGAAGAAGAGGUCUGUUGGACGGAGAAAGAAGUUCUUGUGAAAGAGGAGAAGGAAGAGGAGGAUGUCACAGUUAAAAAAGAAGUAGAGGGUGAGGCUGUUACAGUGAAAGAAGAGGAGAAAGACGUGAAAGAUGAAGAAUUUACAGUGAAAGAAGAGGAAGAAUCUUUAAGAGUGAAAGAGGAGGAUGCAGUUAUUGGAAUGAAGGAGGAGGGGGAGAUUACUGUCACGUUGGAGGACACUGGAGAUCUGAUUAACACCAGAGAAAGACCAGACUCAGAGGAACCAGAGACGUCCAAACCAUUAAGACGACACCACUGCUCCCACUGUGGAAAGGGUUUUAACCAGUUAGGGGACAUGAAAACACAUGAGAGAAUACACACAGGAGAGAAGCCGUACCACUGCUCCAAGUGUGGAAAAGGUUUUAACCAGUUAGGAAACUUGAAGCGGCAUGAGAGAAUACAUACCGGAGAAAAGCCGUACCACUGCUCCCACUGUGGAAAGAGUUUUAACCAGUUAUGGGACCUGAAAGGCCACAAGACUUUGCACACAGCGGAGAAGCCUUUUCGCUGCUCCCUUUGCGAAAAGAGUUUUACCGUGUUGGGGAGCUUGAAAAUACACGAGAUAAAUCACACAAGGGAGAAGUCUUACCACUGCUCCCAGUGUGAAAACAGUUUUACAGAUAUAGGGAGCCUGAAAAUACACGAGAGAAUACACACAGGAGAGAAGCCUUACUACUGCUCCCAGUGUGGAAAGAGAUAUACCCAGUUAGGAAGCCUGAAAGAGCAUAAGAUACUGCACACAAUGGAGAAGCCUUACCCCUGCUCCCUGUGUGUAAAGAGAUUUUCCUCAUCAGGGUGCCUGAAAAGACAUGAGAGGACACACACAGGCGAUAAACCUUUCCAAUGCUCCCAGUGUGGAAAGAGUUUUUCCUUGUUAGCGAGCCUGAAAAGACAUGAGAGGACACAUACAGGAAAUAAGACUCAUCACUGCUCCCAGUGUGGAAAGAGUUUUAACCUUAAAGAAUACCUGAGAGUGCAUGAGAGAAUACACACAGGGGAGAAGCGAGAGAAGCAUUUCCACUGCUCCCAGUGUGGAAAGAGUUUUUCCUUGUUACCGAGCCUGAAAAGACAUGAGAGGACACACACAAGAGAGAAGCCUUAUCACUGCUCCCAGUGUGGAAAGAGUUUUAAGCUGAAAGGACAACUGAAACAGCACGAGAGAAUACACACAGGGGAGAAGCCCUACCACUGCUCCCAAUGUGAAAAGAGUUUUGCCUGGAUAGGGGACCUGAGAAGACAUGAGAGGAUACACACAGGAGAGAAGCCUCAUCACUGUUCCCAGUGUGGAAAGCAUUUUACCCAGUUAAGACACAUGAGAAGACAUGAGAUAAUACACACAGGAGAUAAGAAUGUAGGCUGAACAGUGGGACAUAGGACAGAUGAAGGCCCAAUACAGGUGGGACAGUAGUCCCCAGAGACUCUGAAUAUGUCUUGUGUAUUGACUUUCCAGUGUUUUCCCUCCUGCAUGUUUUAUAAAGGAUUGUGUUUGUGGAUUUGUUUUCUGGGUGCAGGAUUUUGGUUGUGCCCAAUGCACAGCUGAUUCAAAUAACCAACUCAUCAUCAAGCUUUUCUUAUUUGAAUGGGCUGUGUAGUGUUAGAGGACCUGAAAUCACAUGAGAGAAUACAGAGGCUUUGUUCUCACUGUUGUUUUUGACUGAGAAUUGUUCUGAUUUUUCUCUUUUCCUUUAAGUUGUUGUAAUGUUUCCGGAUUCACUGACCUUCAUGUCUUAAAGUAAUGAUGGACUGUCUUUUCUCUUUGCUAAUUUGGGCUGUUCUUGCCAUAAUAUGGACUUGGUCUUUUACCAAAUAGGGCUAUCUUCUGUAUACCUUGUAACAACACAACUGAUUAGCUCAAAUGCAUUAAGAAGGAAAGACAUUUCCCAAAUUAACUCAUAACAAGGCACACCUGUUAUUUGAAAUGCAUUCCAGGUGACAACCUCAUGAAGCUGGUUGAGUCAUCAAGGCAAAGGCUGGCUAUUUCGAAGAAUCUAAAAUAUAUUUUGAUUUGUUUAACACUUUUCUGGUUACUACAUGAUUCCAUAUCUGUUAUUUUAUAGUGUUGAUGUCUUUACCAUUAUUCUACAAUGUAGAAAAUACUAAAAAUAAAGAAAAACCUUUCAAUCAGUAGGUCUGUCCAAAAGUCAAAGGCAGAUAUAAAUGCAGAGGCUGCGCACAGCGCAACAAUAUGCCACGCACAUACAGGAAACACGGUUCCAAAUAAAUGGCAUUAUUAUGUGCUCCUCCACCCAUGUGGAGGAGUUGUGUUAUGUUGUGGGCUGUGUUAUGUUGGUAAAACCUCUGUCUCUCAAACAGAGAAUUAGUGAACAUAAUUGUUCGACCAGAAGAAAGGACAAGAACAUUUGAAUGACCAAAAACAUGACAUUUCUACCUUUUUUAGAUUUUGUGGUGUAGAGAAAGUCUAGAUAUCAGACAGGGGAGGUGAUAUAAAUAACACUGAGUAUAAGAGAAUGUUUUGGUCUUUUCACCCUCCAGACAUUAUUCCCUAAAGGUCUUAAUGAUGAAAUGCCCAUGUUGUGUUGUAAAUGUGAACAUGAACUAAUGCCACCACUUCAGCCGACUCUGACGUUUUCUUCCUGCACUGUACCCAAUGAUUUAUGAAAACUUGCUUAGUGGGUCGAUGUCCUCGUUGUUGUUUUACAGACGUGUUUAUUAAGUUCUAUGUUCACACUGGAUUAGAAUAUUAAUAAAAUGUACAUUGUUAUA